CACCCGUUCGUGCAUCUUGCACUGGCACUGGCUCGAUGUGAUGGGUCUUGCAGGUGAAGUCCAAGAGACAGAUGUUCAGAGGGGGUCCACAUGUGCACAAUGUCUCGGCGGCCCAAACCCUUAUGGGAAGGAAGUGUCUGGUGCAGAGGAUGGCGCGCGCUGAUGUCUGCUCAACUCGAGCGUGUGAUCGCCACAGGGAUAACCAUCCCAUCACCCAAGGACGGGGAUGCAGCAGAGCUGCUGUGUGGGUGGAGACGUCAGGGCGUGUUACAAUGCGUGCGUCACGUUUCUGGAGCUCCGAACGCGUGCUGCAGCUGCAAACCCCUUGUUGCCACCAUGACCCAGGAGCAGCUGCUUGAGUGGUUUUCCAGACGCGAUGGCCUCCUUUGAGAGAAUAUCAGAGUUUGUGGCUCGCGUGGCAUUUCCGCGGGAAUGGAUAUGGUUGAAGAUGAAGAAGGGUUUGCUGAUAACCGACGAACCCAAAAUCACGUUUCAGCCUCAGGGUUUCAGCCUCGUGGUAAUCGGUUGAGUGAACAACCCAGAUCUGCCUACCUGUAAAAAUCC